GACGGUUUGCACAACACAAGAACGGAAUCCUUCAGCCAGGUCAAUGUGAGCGGUGCUGUGUAACUGGCGGAGGGCUUAACAAAAGCUAAAAAAAAUCGUAUGCCUGAGUUAUUGUACCGUGAAAAUUGCCGAUAAUUUGCGCUCAAUGAGACCUCGUGUGACGUGAUUCGAGUGCUCCGAGUUGCGGAAAACAUAUAGGCGUAAGGAUAAUUUAUGGGAUGAAUAAUAAUCGUGAAAGUAGAUGAAAACCGACAUACAGUAUUGAGAACCAGUGACGGUGCCCGGAGUCCGACUCGGACCGAAGAUAUCUCGAAAAGUGAUUCAAUUAUGCUGCUAAUGCCUUCGAAUAAAUUAUAAUAAAUUUGUCGCUCGUCAACCACUUGUGCGCGUACGGAGAUACAGUAUGAGAAACCAUCCUUUGGAUUUUCGCUUCUUCGUGUCUCCGGAGUGAAGUACGGUACUCGUGAAGAACUCCUGAACAAAUAACGCCACACGCAGCCUUCGGUGCUUAUCCCAAAAUCGACGAAGUACUAAGCCAACAGUCGAUGAUAUUUGCACCCAGAAUCGAUAGAAGUGUAUUUGCCAAGCAAAAUGUGAACAUCUUAAACAACCAAUCCCGGGAAAAGUUCACAUUUGAAUGUAGCAACAACUCCGCUCCGGAGAAAAAGGGUCAAUCCAACACAAAUUGGAAAAUUUGCGUGAGUUGAUUUCAGCCGUUGGACGUUUUAAUCCUAAAUCAACAGCAAAUCAAAACAUGGCUAAAUGUGUAACAGUGAAGUGAUGAGAACGGUUCGAUCCGCUCGAAGAAGCAUUGCGAAGCAAAAUUUGAGAGCCGACGAAAGGCUAUGGGUUAUCGUCUGCUCGCUUGAGUUGAUGUGCUAUAAAAAGACACGUGGAAAAUCAGUGCAAAUAUUUGUGUAAGAGUGUUUCCACUAAUCAUAUCUGUCGUUGCUGUUGUCAUUGAUGAAUGGGACGUCUAUUCAGCCCUUUUCUGGUUUAAAUAUUUGAAUAGUGUUGUGUGCUAGAGUAACCGAAACCAAUUUGAGAUCCAUCUGUUCCAAAAAGUGUUGUACUUCGCAUCAAGAUAGCAAUCCAAACCAAGAGUUGCUGUUCCGCUUAAGGAAAGAAAAAUAAUUUCACGGAUUGUGCACAGUGCUCCGGGAAAUCCAAACACAACUGAAAGCUAAAAGCUUCUAAGAACCUUAAAAUACACAGCUCAGAAGUGAAUUGAACGGCAUUUGCCACGAAGAAAAUCCACCCAUGGAUUAGGCUCCAAACGGAAUUCCCUCACUUUCAAGGGGCUAAAGUGUAGAGCAGCUUUGUGUGAAUCGUGUGUGCGUAUGAAAGCAGAAGUGAAAUUGGAUUUUCAGUGAAUUCAAUCGAGUUUUGGGCCCUUCGAGUGAAGAGGCACGGCGAGACGACGAGUACUUGGAGUAUAUGUACCACCUCUUGCCUCUCAUCAAAACCAAGAAAGAGAAAAUCCAAAUGUUAAGUGGUACACUACGGAAUUAGUUAAAUCCGAGCGUGAAAACCAGCCACAAUCCAGAGUUUGUGUAUGUGCUAGUGCUAUUUUUUUUGUCGAAGAUGUGAAGAAAUUCUCUGAGGCAAACAAAAAUCUUAAUGAAAACGGAAAGUUACCAAGAGGAUUAAACGCUUGAAAAAGUGCAUCUAUUUCUGGAUCUGUAACCAUCAAAGAAUACCAGACUUUCGACCACGGUUGUAAAUUUUCCAUCAUAUGUGACCCAAUCUCCGCAAGAUAAUAAUUGCUCUGCAGAACCUUUCGGAAUAACGUAAAAAGAAAAUUCCACCACCCACAGUGAGAGGGCGUUGCGCUUUUAGCCAAGUGCGCCAUUCGACGUCGUUAACUUUUCAUCCAGCUGUAUUGAGACUGGAAAAAGGCAUCGCUGCUUCGAGGGGAGUGAAGAAGAGUGUUUAUGUGCCCGGGUGAAUAGUGAACGAACCAAGUAUAUGUUUUGAAUUUCUAUGCAACGGAAAAUAACUGCAGCCUUCGUCCGCAUCGACUAGAUCAAAGGAAAGCUGGAAAAGGCCAGCCGGGCCGCUUUCCCAGGACGAAGUCGGUGGAUGGAGUCGAAAAAACGUAUUUGAAUAUGGAGCUUCAACCAUUCAUCUAUUAAUUAAGAACACGCGGCAAAGGCCAUCCUUUUCUUCGGUGAACAAUGAACGGGCUGGACUUGCAACAUUGCUCCUGUUCGACGACUAACUGGCACUGCAGUGGCGAGCUCUGGCAAAGAGUGAUAAAAAUCUAUUGAAUAUUCAGUCAAGUGAGAAAUGCCUUACCACAUUGCUUCCUUCAUUGGCAUUGUCCUGCAAACGAGUGCAAACGACAACUUAGACGACGGCGACAACAGUGCAAGGACAACGGAGAUCAAACUGAAAAUUGUUGGAAAGUGAACAGUUUCAAGGGUGAAAACACACCAAAUAGAGGCCGGGAUCGGAAGAAAAAAGUUGCACUACAGAAUAGAGGAGAGCACUCCAUGAAAAGUGGUGCGAGUGUGGGAGGAAAAUCAUUGGCAAUUUUCUAGCUAAACAGAAGAAGACUGAAGGAAAAUGACAAUGUCAACAAUUGUUAGCUGCUUCACCCCUCCACCACAAGUAGCAGCCACUUCGAUGGCAUCAGUUUUAGAAACUUCAAAAAACUUAUCUUAAUUUGAAAGUGAUUUUCUUCUCUUACAUAAUUCAUUGGCGUCUCACACCGAUUCAGUCCCAUCAGAAGAAAAUAGAGACCUGGAGGUGGUGAGGAAAAACGAUUACGCUUCUACCACACCGCAGCGGAAGUUGAUGGUGGAAUAGUGUGCUUCAGCAACUUGGUUCCGGAAGCGUGAUACGGUGCUUCUACACCCGUUCCAAAGUGGGGAGGGAUAACAACUCAGCAUCGUCCCUGUUGAAGAAAAAAACUUUCCUGCCACCAAGCCGCCUUCCAUUAAGCUUCAAGCUUCAACUUUAGUGACCUGUAUACUUCUGACAGCAUGUACAUAGUAGAACGUCCUUUUGCGCACUAGUUUGUAUGUGUAAAUAGGCAUUUUUUUUAGUUCAAAAUAACAGAACAGUGUGUUAGCUAUGCUUCUGGGAAAUCUCUACCGUAAGACUGCAGCAUCCCGAUAAACACCGCGCUAAGAUCGAGUACAUACAUGCCUUUCAGUUCUCCACGACCCCCUCUCUGUUUCUUCUAGAGUUUUGCUGGUCAUUGCAACUUUUUUCCCUAACUGACGAACAAACUAGUGCUGAGGACCGACCAGCAGUUUAGUGUAGUUAUUUCUAAACAGUGUAGCAACAAUAUUAUUUUACAUCGGUUACAUAUUUUCUCUCGUCUGCUCGUCCCACCAUUAAGAAGUGACGACAAAAAAAAGACUGAAGAUUCUGCCGGUUUUCAGAAGUUGGAGAAGCAUCUGAUGUCAAGCAGAGUUACGCGGCAAGUAUAUACGAGAAGUGAAACAGUGCAGAGUGUAAAAGUAUGCUCACGGGAAACCGGAAGCGAUAACGGUUGCCUGAACUACUCUUGUGAAGAGUUCUGAAAGAAAGCACACUCGUCGAAAAAACAAGUUCAGCGAUACAAGUGGGGGUAACACGUGCGGUGAGGAAGAAGCAGCAAGAGAAGAAACGACUCAUUGCGGAAAUUUGCGGUGCCAGCAACCAAAACGGGAUGAGCACAUUCAAAAUGACAAUGACGAGGACGUACAUAAUCUGCAUACUGUGGAUGGCUGUUUUUCUCGACAUGAGCGAUACAGUUAACGGAUCGCAACGAGAGGCCUCCAAACAGCAACCCCAGCAACAGCAGCAGCAGACCACUACGAAGGACACAGCGAGCCAAGGGAUUCUUCCUGGCGGCGGCGGAAGCAGCAGUAGUAGCAGUGGCAGUAGUCGGAAUAGCAACGCCGAGCCCACUGACGCCACUCGGACCGGGCCAUACUUUGAUCUGUCGGCGUCUAAAAACGUUACUGCGUUGCUGGGGAAAACCGCAUAUCUCAACUGCAGAGUGAAAAAUUUAGGCAACAAAACGAUGUUGCUGCAAGUGUCUUGGGUGAGGCAUCGGGACAUCCAUCUGCUCACCGUCGGACGCUACACGUACACCUCCGAUCAACGAUUCCGGGCGAUACAUCAUCCCCACACAGAAGACUGGAGCCUGCAGAUCAAGUAUCCGCAGCACCGAGAUUCCGGCAUCUACGAGUGCCAAAUCUCAACUACGCCACACAUGAGCCAUUUCGUGCAUCUGAACGUAAUAGAACCAUCAACGGAGAUAAUAGGAGCACCGGAUCUAUACAUCGAAAGCGGAUCGACGAUAAAUUUGACGUGCGUAGUGAAAGACUCACCCGAGCCACCGGCCUACAUUUUCUGGAACCAUAACAACGUGAUCAUCAGCUACGAUUCUCCCCGUGGAGGCGUAUCGGUCAUUACGGAGAAAGGUGACACGACCACGUCAUUCCUGCUAAUUCAGAGCGCCCGGCCCUCUGACUCUGGACAGUAUACUUGCAAUCCGUCCAAUGCCAAAAGCAAAAGUGUCACCGUGCAUGUGUUGAAUGGUGUUUCCCAUUCUGUUUCUAGGGGAGUUCCCAGCAGCAAUGCAGCGCGCGGGCCAACCGCAUCAUCGCACGCCACAGCAUCAUCAGCUUUUGGUGUUUCUGUCUGUUUUUAUAUCGUCGCUAGUGUGCUACAGGCUGGUCAUCGGACGCGGAAUGCUUGCCCCGACGUAGCCAGUUUUCUAGAUGCCUACGCAACCCUAGUCAUUAGACCGUUUCUGUUACUAACGCACACAAUCUAUCGAAUACUGAUCAAUCAAAUUACGAAAUUCAAUCAUCGCCAAGGAUGCAACAUCGGUAGCAGUAUAAGAUCCCAAUUGGUCCUGUUGGUGACACUGGUUGUGUCCUUUCAACCCUUGACGGUCCUUUCAUUCCGAUCCUUGCAGCAAACUGUUUCUUCCCUGUCACAGCGAUGGCAGCACAGCCACUGUCGGAGGAUAUCGAGCCUAGGGUUGCUGGUCAAAUCCGUCCUUCUGCGACGGACUAUGGACACCAUUACUCGAAUACUCCGGGUGGUGCUACUUAAUCUUAACGGACACACAUUCGAGUUUGUGUUGAAUCACUUGUGGAAUCAAAGAUUCGCAGUUAGAUGAGAAAAUUUUAAUCUGUAGGUUAAUCAAUCAUGUAUGGUUAUUGUAAAUUCAACAUUAACAAAACAGUAUAAUGCAAAAGAAACUUAUAAAUAAAAUAAAUAAAUGAAAUGUAGCCUAAGGUGAUCUGUUAUUCAUAAGCUUUAGGUAUCUAUAACUAGAAUCAAUGAAUGAGUUAUUGAAACAAAUCAAAUUCAUUUUCCAAAGGAAAGCAGCUAUGUGAACGGCGGUAGGUAUAUUCUGAAAGAAACGAAUACUGAUUUAAUUUUUAAAACCACGUUGAAUCGUUAUGGUAAAAGAGUAUUGGUGAUUGAGUGAUAUUUUCAUAUUAAAAUUAUUACGAUGAAAAAAAGCAAAACCCGAGAAAAUAUAAUGAACUAUGAGAAAUACCAUAAAACAAUAUAUGAUAAAUGAAUGUACAAAAUUAUGGACAGUAUAUAAAAGGAAAUAAACCUAAAACGUAAACAAA